CGCUUUUUCUUCUCCUCUUUCUCUCCGCUCUCUCCCUCCCUUUCUUUCUUCCCUUCCCAAAUAAAUCUAGAGUCAUUCCUCUACUCAUUUGUUUGUUUUCUUCUUCGUCUUUAAAAUCAUCCUCCUUUCUCUAUCUUGCACUCUUCCAUCCGAUCCUCUCACUCCUCACCACCACACCACCAACGCCCCAGUCGGCUUCACAUUCCCCUCUCAUAUAACCAUGUCGGUCGUCUCCCUCCUCGGCGUCAAGAUCGUCAACAAUCCCGCCCCAUUCACGGCCCCCUACCAAUUCGAGAUCACCUUCGAGUGCCUUGAACAGCUCCAAAAAGAUCUGGAGUGGAAGCUCACCUACGUCGGUUCUGCCACCUCUUCCGAAUAUGACCAAGAACUGGAUUCCCUGCUCGUGGGCCCCAUCCCCGUGGGCGUCAACAAAUUCAUCUUCGAAGCCGACCCGCCAGACCUGAAGCGCAUCCCCACCUCGGAAAUCCUGGGCGUCACCGUCAUCCUCCUCACCUGCAGCUACGAUGGCCGGGAAUUCGUCCGGGUGGGCUACUAUGUGAACAACGAGUACGACUCGGAGGAACUCAGCAACGAGCCGCCGGCCAAGCCCAUCAUCGAGCGCAUCCGCCGCAAUAUCCUUGCCGAGAAGCCCCGUGUCACCCGCUUUGCCAUCAAGGACUCGGAUGAGUCCGCCCCCGCCGAAUACCCCCCCGACCAGCCGGAUGCCGACCUGGUCGACGACAGCAACACAUACGGCGCGGAGGAGGCCGAGUUGGAGGCAGCGCUCGUCAAGGAGCUCGAAGAAGCGGAGCAACACGAUUCCUCGCGCGGCGAAGACCAGGACAUGGAAGGCGGGGAGGCCACUGCCGGCGACGAGGAGGACAUCUCCGACGCAGAAAGUGAGGACAUCGAGGACGAGAGCGACGAUGACGACGAGGAGCUGGACGAGGAGGAAGGCGGCGACGGCGACGAGGACAUCGAGAUGGGCGAUGACUCGGAGCCCAAGGACGAGGCGGCCGGCGGCGCCAGCAGCAACAACCCCACGGCCCAACAUCAGCCGGAACUGAUGGUCCACUAGACCUUGACUCAAACGCAACAGAAGCGUAAGAGAGUGAGGCACUGGUAUAUUCUUUGUUUAUCUGGUUAUUUUCCGAAUGAUUUCACGAUUGGGUUUGAAACCGCUUUUUCUUCUUCG